CCUGUAAUCAUCCGUAUGCCCAACAUCAUACACGCAGGAGAUUCUAGAGAAAUCCCAGUAAGAUUUCGGCACCAUAAAUGUAAAAGUGUAAAAUUUUCAGUCGUGUAAAAAAUUAUAUUCUGUGUAAUUUUUACGCGUGUAACAAAUAACUAUGUAAUUUUAGGCGUGUUAAAAAAAUAUUUGCAAUUUUUACGCGUGUAAGAAUAAAUCUGUGUAAUUUUCAGGCGUGUUAAAUAAAAAUCCGCAAGUAUUUGGAAAAUGUAAAAAAUAAUAAGUUUGCGUAAGUUAUGACUAAGCUUUUCUGAACUUUUCUGGAGUUAUCUAGGCUAUAAGAAGCAGCAUGGAUAGUACGUUAGCAGACAACCUGCCCCAACAGCUUUCCGAGCUAAAUAUUCGCCCCCGGGCGAUUAAACAUGGAUACACGUUGCAGAAACUUACGCCAAAGGAUAAGGAAGCUGUGAUAGAAUUUUUAAGAAGAUUCUUCUUCCUCGACGAGCCCCUGAAUCAAACGAUCAAUCUUCUAGAAACACCUGAGUCCCGCUGCUACGAGCUAGAGGAGUACGCUUCCAGUUCACUCGCUGACGGCGCUUCCAUAGCAGCCGUCGACGAGAACGGCGACUACGUAGGCAUUGUUAUCAACGGAGUUGUUAGACGAGAGGACGUAGACUACACGGACAAAUCGGACGACUGCCCACACCCAAAGUUCAAGCGAAUUCUCAAACUGUUGGGGCAUUUGGACCGCGAAGCCAGGAUCUGGGACAAGCUGGACCAAAGCUGCCACACCGUCGUGGAGGUCAGGAUAGCGUCCACUCACAGCGACUGGAGAGGCAGAGGGUUGAUGAGGGUACUCUGCGAAGAGACUGAACGUAUAGCAAGAGAGCUCGGCGCAGGCGCACUGCGGAUGGAUGCAACCUCCGCCUUCUCUGCUUUAGCAGCCGAACGACUGAAGUACAAGAAAGUAUACGGCCUCUUCUACUCGGAACUGCCGUACGCACCGCACCCCGACCCACCGCAUCUUGAAGCUAGAGUGUAUAUUAAAGAGUUGUUGUAAUUUAUCAAUACGUUGAGGCUACAAAUAUUUUAAGGCCAUUCCACAUUCGUAUGUAAAAAUGCCGCGACAAAGCGUAAACGAGAAUGCUGUAUUAGGCUCGGAACACAUUAAUGGGAACGACGAAAGCUUCAAGUUGGAAAGCGGUGAGUUUUGUAUUUCGCGCGUUAUGAGUAAAAAGUUCGUAUCAGAUAUAAUCGACUCAAAACGAGUUACCUGAAAUGAGCUAUAAUAAUUGUUCUGGCUGCUUCAUCAUCUCUGUAUUCUCAUAGCCAUAAUAUGAAUAAUUCUAAGGCAUUUCUGGUAAUGGUUAAUGAUAGGUACAAUUAACUGUCAAAUAAUACAAAAACAACUAAAAUUGUAUCUUUAGUAGUUUAGAAAUUAUGGGUCGAUUUACCUACCAUUUUUGUAUUGGCUCUCCUGAAAAGUAGCAAAAAUGCACAUCGGACCUUAUGAUUCUAGAGUCGAGAUAUAUUAUGUAGAGCUAACUGAUUUGAAGCUGCCCAGCAAAUGUUACUACUACCAACUUAUCCUAUAAAGUGGCUUUGGUGUGUACCCAUAUCACAUUACACGGUCUAAAGUAAAAAGAAAACCGAUUACUAAAAGUUUUGAUGAAAUGAAACCCUGACCUAACUGUGAUGAAAUAUAAAGAUCCUUUUUCUUACAAAAAGUAUUUUUGACAUAAAACUGUUUUAUCGAAUUUGCGACGUUCCUUUGCACAACUAAGACACUAGAGUAAUGGAUAAUAUUUAUGUUCAAGGACGUAAUUUCAUUCCGAUGGUUCACUAACCCGAAUUUUGUAUGAAAACAAGGUGAAGGCACUUUGUUGACGCCUAAAGAAAGUUAAUAGUAAAACCAAAUAAUUGUGAUAUUUACAAAUGAAAUGCAGCUGUUCCACUAUCAUAGGACCUUUACCUAUGCACUAGAAUAGAUGGGCCAUUCUGAACAAAAAUUGUUUCCUAUGAAGCUGUCAAAAUUAGUAUAAGACUGGUCAUCAAGUUAAAAGCAAGUUGCACUCUGCAAAAAAAAUUGUUUGGAAUGCACAUUUAGUACCUUGAAUAUAAUUGUCAUUGACAAUUUAAAAAAAAAAUACCCAUUAGGUACCAAAUCUUAUGGAUUUCUGAACAAAGGUGAACAUGCGCCUGGUAUGACUUCAACAUCUAAACCUCCGUUGAUUAAAAGUUGUUUUUUUGUCAGGCGCAAACUUUUACCAAAAAAAAAAAUUAAAUGUGUGUGAUAAUAUAGCUUAAUGUACCUAUUUCCUAUCACCUAUGUACCUAGUAUCUAGUUCCUUUUAAAAAAUCUCGUUAUUAAUAAGUACCUAAUAAUUCCUAUAAUAAUAAUUUGUGUAUCGUACCAAUCGUCAAUUUAUUAAGGCUGUAGUCAAAAUCAAUGUGAUUGUAAUCAAAACUAAAUUUUAUUGUAUUAUGUACCUGCUAUGUAUCGUCGUAUAAGUAAUUAAUUGAGAAUGUAACUAUUAACAAUAAACGAUAUUAAAAAUAAA